CAUGUUCCCUGCUCCCUGAUAACUUGUAAUUCGCCUCUUGCUGCACAUUCUGUUCACAACGCUUUUAUUUAUUUACAUGUGGAAUUGUCAUCUGGGGUGACGGGUUUGACAAGAGAUUGACAUGCACUGCAACCGAAAUACCCUUGAACCUCGGGAAUCAACAACUUGGUUCCUUACGUCCAUCAUAUACCCUCCCUCCUCGUCUUAAUUCUCUCAUACAUCGGCGUUGAGCUCACGAUAAUCAGCAUAACCUAGUGCAUCCGAUAAUCGAGCUAUAAGCGUCAAAGUUGGGGAGUAUAAAUAGCUACAGAUGGGAAACUGUGCAUCACAGUCGUCGAAAGAGGAGAGAGAACGUAGCAAUGCUAUUGACAAGAAGAUUGAAGAGGACUACAAGCAGUACAAGGGAGAAUGCAAAAUUCUUCUGCUCGGCUCAGGGGAGUCCGGGAAAUCGACUAUAGUAAAGCAAAUGCGAAUCAUUCACAAGAACGGUUUUCCCGACAAGGAGCGUGCUACAUUUCGGUCCAUCGUUUACCGCAACGUACUGGACUCUGCUCAAGCGAUUGUGCUCGCCAUGCGAAGGCUGGAUAUCCAGUGUACGAAGAGCGAGAAUCGCCCAUUGGCCGAAAAGAUUAUCGAUUAUCAACUCGACGAAAAGAACAAUUUUGCGCUCGGACCAGAGAUUGCCAACGCUAUCCACCAAUUCUGGCAAGAUCCCGUUAUUGCGAAGGUCAUAGACGAACAUGGGAGUACGUUUUAUUUGAUGGAUAGCGCAUCUUACUUUUUAUCCGAAGUUUUAACUAUCGGUUCCCCAGACUACCUACCUUCAGAAACGGACGUGCUGAGAGCACGACAGAAGAGCACGGGAAUAACAGAAACGAGAUUCACUAGCGGGCAAACAACGAUUCACAUGUUCGAUGUUGGUGGACAACGGUCAGAACGCCGUAAAUGGAUACAUUGUUUCGAGGGCGUGACCAGCAUUAUAUUUUGUACUGCGCUGAGUGAAUAUGAUCAGGUCCUGUUGGAAGAGAAGACCCAGAAUCGAAUGAAAGAAUCCCUCAUGCUGUUUGAGAGUAUAAUCAACUCUCGGUGGUUUCUUCGCACCUCGGUAAUAUUAUUCAUGAACAAGACCGAUGUGUUUAAGAGAAAGCUACCUAAGGUUCCGUUAGCGCGUUACUAUCCCGAAUACAAAGGCGGUAACGACAUCAACAAGGCUGCCAAGUUCAUUUUGUGGAAAUUCAUGCAGCUGAAUCGAGCGAGGUUGAGCGUUUACCCUCAUCUCACUCAGGCCACUGACACGACCAAUAUCCGAGUCGUAUUCGCCGCCGUCAAAGAGACCAUCCUCCAAAAUGCACUGAAAGACAGCGGCAUCUUGUAGUAUCCCCGCGAGAUCCUAGUUCCCGUUCGGUGGUGCGCGCUAAUGCGUGUCGGUCCAUCCACUUUCAUCAUGAUCUUCCAAAUUGCCGCCAAUCACACUCGCGGUUGGCGCUCAGCAUAUUCGCCAGGCAGGCAAAACGAGAAGAGGAACUUUUUCGAUUCCUCACGUCCUGAAGAUAGCGUAUCUUGACUAGAAGGCAUGGAUUGAGAAUACUCAGAAGGUGGCGGCUUGGGAUUGAAUGAUAUGGUUUUGUCCAACUAUAGAAUGCCCGUUCCAGACGGAGAGUGACUAGCGACGGAACGGGAUGUAACAGCUUAACCAGUACCUUGCUUGUCAGUACGGGUCUUCAUUCUGAUAGCUAUGGUGUCAACCACGAAUAGAGUGGCAACUUUUAUUGGUGUUCCGAAAGUUGACCGGCAACACCUCAAGCUCAAGUGCUGUCGCCACUCAGAGCCGUUAUUUAGUGGUGUUCAGUGUUCAGUGGUCGAUUUUUGGGUUAGAUUAUGUCGCUUAUGGAGUCGCCGAUAAUCGUGCAAGUCGACCUGUUAACAUAAUCGAGCAUUCAAAGAAGCGAGUCCGGACUCGCUUUCUCGCUCAAGCUCGCCUCCCCCGUCGUCAAUUAUGUGAUGGGACGACAAGCAGUUCUUAAUAGGUUAAUUUUAUUCUUCUGACCAGAAGUUAAUUUAGAUCUCUAUUCAACCAACCUGAAUUUCAUGCCCA